UAAACCAAUUGAACCUUUUACACCAUAAACAAACAAACUCCUACUUCCAAUUUACAACAACAAACAACAACCUACAUCAUGUCCUUCAUCCUCCGCCGUGCCGCUCUCGCUCCCCGCGUCAUUGCCGUCCAGGCGCCGCGAACAUUCACCACCAGCUUCGCCGCUCAAAAGACCGCCUCCGAGGUUGUCAAGGAUGCAGCCAAGAAGGUCGACCGUGUCGUGAGCGACAAGAUUGUCGACGGCAUCGAGGCAGGAGAAACCGCCACCGGUAAGGUCAAGGAGACAGCCCAGGACAUCUCAGGCAGCGAAGUCAGCGGCAAGACUGCCGAGCUGAAAGGCGAGGCCAAGGGAAAGGCCAGCGAGCUCAAGGGUGAAGCCAAGGGUGCUGCCAAGGAGGCCAAGGGCAAGGUGAAGGGCGCCGCCGAGGAGAUCAAGAACAAGUUGUAAAAUGGGUGCAAUUGGGGAUAAUGAGGGUCAGAGACGAUGGCCUGUUGUACUUUAUAAGCCAUGCAUCAUCAUACGGUUGAGGAAGUAAUUCAAGCAUCAAGAAGCAUUCCUAAA